AUGAGCGUGAUGCACACGCCCACAUUUCGAGCGAAGUUGUUGCCUGACGUGCUGCUCUUCGUUGCAGUCCUCGCGUCGCAGCUGUGCCGCGCGGAGGAGGUUGUUGCAGAGGCGUUGCAGCUCACGAGGACGGAGGGUCCUCUGGAGCUGCUGCGGCGGAAGAACAUUCGGUGGCAGGCCGCGUGGGGCGCAGAGGAAGUUAGCGAGGACGCUAGUCGCGAGGCGCUCCUCGCGGGCCGGGACGACCUCGGGGAGGCGCACGUAACCGCGCCUGUGGGGGAGCGCGUGGUGACCGUCACGCUGUCGCUGCAUUUCACGUUGCUCCUGUGCGAGGAGUCGCGACGGAGCGUCGGCGGAUUCCUGCGAGGGCGGUGUACGCUGCGGCCCUCCCCCGCGCUCUCGCAGAGCGAGUUUUUCUUUAACUACCGCGUGCCCCAAAAAGCCACCGAGGCCAGCGACGCUGCGACGGCGCCGCGGGUGCCUCAGACGUGCAGGCUCUACGAGGAAAACGCCGGCCGCGACACCGAGUUGGAGGUUGGAACCGUCACGUAUGAGGAGAAGGAAAACGCUGGCGAGGGCCAGACCGCCGACAUUUGUAUCCGGCUUAGGCCCACGCGGGCGGCGCCGGAUGCGGCGGCGUGGCUGUCGGGCGCGCUGAGGCUCACGGGGGUGUCCACGGAGGAGGUGGAGCGGCGCCGCUGGAGGCGGCGGGCCGCAUCGACGGUAGUGGGGCGCUGGGGGUAUCCUCUGCUGGCCGUGCUGGUGCUGCACGGCGGCCUCUUCGCCUUGAAUAAAAUUUUCGCCCGCCGCCACCCACCGGCGGCUGGGAAGCCAAAGCAUGACUAA